AUGGGGGGACUGGAGCAACGCAAGCUGCCGAAGCCGCAGCGCACGCCGAACCGUGCGUCCAGAGUGAGUGGGGCGAAAAAGAACCCCCGGGAUCUGGAGAAUAAGUUAAAGCGGCAGGAAAGCGCAAGGCGUGUGCGUGAGCUGUCACGAAAGCUGAAAGAAGACAUUAACAACGAGGAGAAGCGUGUCCGGGAGGCGCGUAAGGCAAACUUCGCACGGAAGGAGGCAAAUGAGAAGAAGAACAUGGUGGUGCAGAAGAUCAAGAAUGACAAGGCUAUACGCAAACUGAGCCCGAAGCACCGCAAGAAGGCCAGAAUAUUUAUGCUGCACGAGUUGUGA